AGUGGACCUACUCGGCUCCCAUCCCGCUUUUGUUCACUCAAACUUUCUCGCGAUGUUGAAGUUACUAUUUCGCUUAUUAUGAUAUUCUGCACUUGUGUUGAUUCUUAUUCAAACAGACAGAAAAUCUUAAAGCUACGACCCUCCACUUGUUACAUUGGACCAGCGAAUUUAUGCAUUUUAGGUCUUCAGUCCCAGCUUCAAAGUGAAAGCCAGCUUAGGAAUGCAGCCUUUUGCCACCAUGAAUAGUUCUCAUGUGAACAACGGUACCCAGGUUGAUGGGAGCUUCUUGGCAUCCACUUUCUCGGACAUUGACUCAAACUUGUUGACUUCAGAGGCCAAGUGCAGCAGCUUCAUCGAGUUCUACAAGAACCUGGACCCGGAGAAGAAAGGCCCCUUUUUGUGUGCGCUGGCCCGAAGCUUUGGCUUUGAGAAAGAGACGGUGAUGGGAUGUGCUUCUGGCAUCUCUACGGCAGUGGAGAAAUCAGGGGCCAGCUUUUAUGUGGCAGCGGACAGGAUGCGAACUGCUCUUAGCCCGAAAUUCAAGACCCUUUUUGUCCACAUCGGGCGUGUGAAAGAUGGAGUCAAAUUUCUCGUGGAUCUUCGAGCCGAUGUCUUAGUUUCCAACUACGAGGCCGUGCACAAAAUCCGGACGUUGGAGGACAUCAAGCGACGCCUGGGUCCGUACCGACGCUGCUACAUCUUCACUCACAACAGCAUGCCCCGCGAGCCCGUGGUCGUCCUGCACACUGCCCUCAUGUCAGAGAUUGCCGCCAGCAUUCAUUCCAUCAUCUUAAGCCCAAGGUACCGAUCGCUGUACACAGAAGGCUACCCAGAUUUUUACUCGGUGGAGACCCGGUCGCCCCCGGGAUUGCCCCUGACCCCGACCAACCCAGAGCCCCAGGAGCCCAUGCAGGGGGCGUCGGUUCCCUCCUCCUCCUUCUCCGCCUCGCUCCUUGACGAGGACAAGGAAGACCCCACGCAGAUCUCCUGUGCCGUCUUUUAUUCCAUCACGUCCACGCAGAAAGGCCUGCACGGUGUGGAGAUGGGGAACUACCUGAUUAAGUCGGUUGUGCGCAAGCUCCAGGAAGAGUUCCCACACCUCCAGAAGUUUUCCAGCCUUUCGCCCAUACCGGGCUUCCGGGACUGGCUGCUCUUUAACGUCAACCACAACAUCAACGCUCGCAAUGCGGGCGAGGAGCCACAGUCCCCCAUCCUGUUGCCCGAGGAAGUGACCAGUCUCCGACCCUUCAAGCUGGCCAGUCAAGCAUCCGUUCUGGAGUUUUUCAAGGACCAGCUCUUGACUCAUGAUUGGUACAGGGACCAGAAUGUGAAGGAGGUGAUGAAAGGUCCUCUCCUGAGACUUUGCGCUCACUAUCUGUACGUUGAGAAGAGACGCAAGUUGGCCCUCAAUCCCGUUGCAAACUUUCACUUGAGCAACGGGGCUCAGCUGUUCCGCAUCAACUUCCUGGCGGACACGACCCACCGCGGGCUGCAACAGUCGUGCUCCAUGAUGGUCAACUACCGCUACUUCCUGGAGUUCACCGAGUACAACAGUCGCAACUACGUGGAGAAUCAGCAGAUCUCCGUGUCCGAGAGUGUCCUCAACCUUCUGAAUCCUCAGCAAGGAGGCAGCUGAUGAGAAGGAAGGGCAGUCCAAGAGAGUUAUGUUAUGUGCAGACUGACUCGGAAGCACUAUGUUAUUAUGGUCAAGAAAUUAAAAAUUUCGGUGUUAUAUGUUGCCGUAAGGUGAACCAUUAGGUACGGUACUCAGCCCUGCCCUGCCAAGUUCUACGGUAAAAUUGGAGCUCUCCGAUUUAUUUUUUCCUCCCUUGUUGAAAAAACCUUGAUAGGACUUACAUUAAAUUCAAUUUUUUUCUUGCUUUCCUUUUCUGUCAGACCAAAUUAAAUGUGACGUAUUGUAAAUCAGGGGAAAAUAGGCCUGCACAUUUUUUUCAGUGUGUGUUUAUUUGAAGUAUGUGCAUGGCUUAUCAUAGAUGAUGUGAAAAUACCAUUUUUAUUUUGAUGUUUUCAAAUGACGUUUAUUUUUCACCUUUGGCAAUAUUUAUGUAAUUUUACUCGACUUGGGUUUGGGAGCCUGUGAUUUUUUUCCCCCUAAACCCCUGUUUUUAAAGGAUUCUGGGGUUAACUCCUAUUUUUUUUAAGGAAUCUCAUCCGAGGUAAACUCCUAUUUUUUCUGAGGAUUCUGAGUUAAAACUCCUUUUUUAAAAGGAUUUUGAGGUUAACUCCUUUUUUUUCUGUAGAAUUUUGAAGUGAACUCCUAUUUUUUGGAGGACUCUGAAGUCAACUUAUGUUUUUUGGAGGAUUCUGAAGUUAACUCAUAUUUUUUUUUUUAGGAUUCGGAAGUCAACUUAUGUUUUUUUGAGGAUUCUGAAGUUAAAGUGCUGUUUUUUGGAGGAUUCGGAAGUUAGACUUCUGUUUUUUGGAGGAUUCGGAAGUUAAACUUCUGUUUUUCCUUGGAUUCUGAAGAAAACUCUUAUUUGUUGGAAGAUUCUAAAGUCACCUUCUGUUUGAGUCCAUAAAGUGCUUGGGAGGCCAGGAGGCCAGGAAGCCAGGGUACUGUUCCAUAUAUCCAGAAAUCUUCUGUGCGUGUUUUUCACAGUAUCUGUGACUCAUGUUGCCCGCGUGUACCGGACGUCUAUGUGUACCGCGGUAUAUAGACGGAAAUCUUGUGCAAGUGUUGCUGCAGGUAUAAGACACUGGUUUGGGGAACUCAUAUAUUAGUAGGCCUAUCUUUGCUAAAUAUGUGAGGCGUGCUGACAAAAUGAGUUAUUUCUCAGAUUUGAGUCCGACGGAAAUAUAUGCGUCAAAUUUAUAGGGUGAGUUUUUGCAAUUCAUUAGUAUGAAAACAGGUCUCUGUAAAACUUGAAGAGAACGGCAUUUGUUUAGAAUCUACAAAUUUGAUUCUGGUGUCAAUUUUUGGCAAAUAUCUCCAUUUUUUAAUUGCGAGAAGUAACUCAUUUUGUCAGCACCCACCACAUAAUGCGUAUUUUUAUACUUGCUAUACUUGUACAUUAGCAUCUAGGGUGUAGUGGUUAAGUUCUUCAUCGUUGCUUGCAAGAGAUGUGCCAGAACCCGUCUGCUGGGACAUUUCAGUAACCCACAUUUAGCACUUUUUAAGGCCCCCCGGGAAAGUGUUGAGUUCCUGCGUGCUGUCGGCAUCGCUGACCGUUUAUGACGCCACAGCGCCAGAAGAAAGAGAGAGAGAGAGAGAGAGAGAGAGAGAGUUAUUCAGCUGUGGUGCAGAGAACUUUAUAGUCUAGUGUCUCCCCCUUGGCGCUCAUGUGACCUUAUGCAGUUGGGAGCCCCGUAAAACCUUACUGAAACUAAACUAAAAGACACAGCAGAAAA